UCCUUGACUAUAGUAGGCAGUUCGUCAACAGUUUGCAGUGAAGGAACAUGAUGGAUCUUCAGGAAUACUUCAGAAGGAUCGGGUUCAGUGGGGUGUUCAAGAAACCCGAUCUGGCCACGCUACGCACCGUCCACAAGCUGCAUGUCAUGAGCAUUCCCUUCGAGAACCUCAGCAUCCACUGUGGAGAGCGGAACACCAUGGACCUGCAGAUCAUUUUUGAGAAGAUUGUGAGAAACCAUCGUGGAGGAUGGUGCUGUGAAAACAACCUGCUCUUCUCCUGGGUGCUGAGAGAGAUGGGCUACAAAUACAUUACACUGGGCUCUAAAGUUUUCAACACACUCAAAAAUGACUUUGACCCCUUUGAUGGACACCUCAUUAACAUGGUGGAGAUCGAAGGCAAGCCAUAUAUCACUGACGUUAGUUUUGGAGUGUCAUACCAAAUCCGGUACCCGUUAGAAAUGAUCGCAGGAAAAGACCAGCAGCAACCAGCAGGAAUCUUCCGCCUACUGAAUGAUGGUGAGAAGUGGACGCUGGAGAAAACUGGAAGGAAGCCACUGAUUCAGAAUGAAGCCUUCACCAAAUCCAGCCUCGUUGACAAACAACUGACAAAGAAAAUAUACUCGUUUGUGUUAACGCCAUGUGGAAUUGACCAUUUUGUGAGCACAAGCGAGUACCUGCAGACCAACCCUGAGUCUCUGUUCGUCCAGAAAUCCAUCUGUUCCCUCCAGACCCCCACUGGAUUCAGAACUCUGGUUGGUUGGACGUACAGUGAAGUCACAUUUAACCCUGAGGAAGACACGGACAUCAUCGAGAUGAGAGAUGUAGCUGACAGUGAGAUAGAGACUAUACUCAAGGAAAAGUUCAAUAUUGUUUUAGUUGAUAAACUGACACCAAUAAACAACAAAGCUGCAUUUCAAAUAUAG